AUGGCCUCAAUGUUGCCUCUCAACACCGCUAUCGUUCCUUCUGGAGCGUCCUCAAAUGGCGGCAGUGUGUCACCUCAACAGACAUCAACGCCUAAGAACGUCGCAUUUGAGCUAUUGUUUCUCGAAUCCCCCCAUUGCCGCGCGCGCUUGCCAAUGCGAGUGCAAAUAUACCCUCACGACACAACGGACUCUAUUGUCACUACCGUGAAGAACUUUUAUGGUUUGUACUCGGGUCCGACCGGGUCAAAGGGAGUCAGUUUCGAAGAUGAUCUUGGGAACACUCUUAUUGCCCGGUAUGAGAACUUUCGAAACAAUAUGGUAGUAUACGUCAGGGUUAUAGAGGAACCUCCGGCGAAUGCAACUGCGUAUUCUCCCCAUCCUUACCAUAACUCAUCCGCUGCCACCCACCCUUACUACAGCGACAAUGGCUAUACUGCCACUCAGGCUCAGCGCUUUCCCCAGGAGUUGUCCAGGCCCAGCUCUCGGACAUCACGGAGACGAAGCCCGUCCCCCAACACUGCUCGUGGCCGAAGAAGUGCUUCUGCCAGCACAAAUGGGAAGAAGGGUCGUUCUCGCUCCUCCAAGACCCGAGCUUCUGCCUCUCGGAGUCAUACCGAACUCUACAGCGAUAGUAUAAACGGCUAUAGCAGCAAUGAUGAGCAUGACUCGACAUCUGGAAAGAACAAGGACCAACUACCUACUACUGAUAUCAGUGUUGAGAACAUUGUUGAAGGUGGCCGUCGUAAGAGGGCCAAGUUCGAAAGCUCGGAACUUCCAUUGUUCGCACCGCCCCAGAUGCCGGCGGCGACAUCGAAUCCUUCAGUAUCUCCUGCUCGCCGAGCUGAGCCUCAUCGCCCCGCAAUGCCAUUCGUGCAGCCUCAUCAAAAUCCCUUCAUAAACCCUCGUCCUAUGCAGUCGCCCCAAGGUUAUUCACAUGGCAUCACGCAUCCCAAUCUCUACUCAACCCCGGGACCCGAUCGCCGCAACCGAAACAGUGGCGGAUAUACCAGUAGCGCCAUGGGAAUCCUUCCUACUCCCGACCCAACUAUUGGCAGUUGUGUAUCUGAAGAGGACAAGGACGUUGCUAUCCAGCUGAUGCGACUUGGCGACAUGUCCAACAUCUCCCACGGCCGAACCUCUGCUUCUACCCUCGAUGAUACAUUUAGCGGCAGAGCCGAUGCUGCUUCCUCUACUGGCGCUACUAGUGAUGACGAAAGCGAGAGUGAGACCGAAUUGCCUCCUGCCCGACGCCAGAAGCUAGAUAUUUCCAGCACUGUCGGCAAUGUCUAUCAGACUACCGAGUCACACUUCAUGCCACCCCCUGAAAGCGCCGAAGUUAGUGGAGACGAUGCCGACUAUGAGGAUGGUGCUGACGAGUCUCUGCUCUCUAAUGGCAAGAGCAAGCCUGGCAAGACUCAGAAAGCCUCUGCUAAACCUAAGGCAUCUGCCUCUGUUUCUAAAGCACCAUCGGCCAAGGCCUCCAAGACCGCCCGUCCCUCUAAUGGCGUCAAGGGAAAGAAGCUCCCCCCUGUCCCAAGUGGCCCAAUGUCCCCAGCUUCUAUGCCCCCUUCGCGAAAGCAAUCCGUUGCGUCUACCGGACAGACUCCACUUGCGCCUGGCGAGGAUGACCAGCCUGAUCUUUCCACCAAACCUCGCUGCCAACGCUGCAGAAAGAGCAAGAAAGGCUGUGAUCGCCAAAGGCCUUGCGGACGCUGUCGUGAUGCUGGCCUGUCGGCAGACCAGUGCAUUAGUGAGGAUGAGGGCAACGGCCGAAAGGGUCGAUACGGUCGUCACAUGGGAGUGCCCAUCAAGAAGGAUGAGGUCACCGCCGUUGCCCAGCCUGCGCUAUUACCCGCUGCGCCCAUCGCGGCUGCUGCCAUGACAAUAGAUAAGUCCAAGAAGCGCAAGCGAUAA